AUGAGAAAAGGACUCAGGGGAGGGAAAGACGAAGAUCGACCCCAGGAGGCCCGGGAUCUAAGACCCAGGCGCCUGAGGACAGCUGGGGAACUGGGAGGCAAAGCUCGAAAUGGCUGAGUGGAAGAGCCACCUCCCUGCAGGAGGACAGGGCCAAGAGGGAGAUUACAAAGGCGCCGGGCCCAGGGCUGCGACAUACACCUGCCACAGCCCGGGAGAUCGGGGACCUGCCAACUUACCCCACCCCAUGAGCUCAUGGCUGCAUCUGCCAGACACUGGCUCCAGGAGCAGGUGCUGACAACACGGCCUGGGCGCAGAAAGACAAAAUCCCUGGAGAGGAACACUUGGCUCGAGGCCACACCACAUUUCCAUGUCAUUUUCAAGUGGCACCAAGUGGGCUAG